GAGUAAUUGGUACUCAGAAACCUACCUCGCCGCUUCCUAAGGGUGUGUAUCAUCCUCACUUCCAUGCACUUUUACUUCCUCAUUCUACCCCGGAAAAGAUUUCUUGAUAGGCGAUUUCUAACUUGCUAAUCAUGCAGACCCGCCUGUUGCUGCAAGAGCACCUUUGAGAAUACGCGAAUCAUUCACGAGGGACUUUAGCUUUCCUGGAACUCCAGACCCAGAAGAUAUUGUCGACAGCGACCAUUUACUGGGCACCCUUCUCGAGAAAACUCUCCGCGAACAAUCCGACGCUCUUUGCCCAAGCCCAACGAGUAGCAGGAAGACCUCUACUCAUACCAAUUCACCAAAGAGCAUCCGUCAAGUAUCUGCCGCCAAGCCAAUUGUUACUACUGGUGCUUUUGGAAUCAGAAACUAUACGGCCCCACCGGAAAUACCUUCUUCUUCACCUACGCUCUCAUACACACCAACCCGGGGCCCCAAGUUGGGUAUUAUGACAACAGUACCACAUUCAAGAGUUACGAGUUUGCGAACACCCAAUAACACCGAGUUAGAGGGUCGUGAUUAUUUCAAUUUUAAAAUCUAUGAGGAGAAUAGCGGUUUCACUCCCGAGGCACUAAAAGAGACCCAGUUCGCACUAAACUCUAAGAUUUACCGAAUCCCAUCAUCCCCUACAAUCGCCAAGCGCACUUUCCGAACUAAGCCAUCUAAGCCACAACGUGGUGAACUGUACUUCUUCGAACACGAGCGACAAAAGAUUGAACAACUCGUUGCGCAGAGUAAAAACAGAAAUUGUACGAAUCAUCAAAAUUGUACCGAUUGUAUCGAAAAGGAAUACGCAUACUACGAGAACAAAAUCAUGUCUACUUCAAUGCCACCAGAGCGUCGCCAACAGAUCAUGAAGGCUAAUCGAUCUAUUCGCAACAUCAAGAACGUAAGGUAAACUCUUCAUCCUGGGGUCUAAUCUAUGCUGAUAAUUCGCAGGAACUUGAAAAUCUUCUCGAAGAUGAACUCAUUACUUACGAGGUGUAUGAGCUUAUGAUCAGUAGACUUCCCUCCGAAACUAGCUUGAACGCGACAUCCUCACCCGCUCCUCGUGCCAAUGCUGUCUCCCCAGCUCCAGUUGUUCCAGUUGCCGCAUUCUCACAAUUGAACGUCAAUAGCGACAACCCCCCACCAUCAUAUCAGUCAACUCCAAACCUUCCUCCUCGUGGACCAACUCAACCACCUGCUCGACCAGAAAUCGGACGUGCGACCGCUCUUUACCGUUACACUGAACCCGAAGACUGCAACUUCGAUGUUGGAGACAUCGUUAUUAUUUAUGAAUAUAUGAAUGACGAUUGGUGGAUGGGCAAAAAUGAAAAGACCGGAAAGGAGGGUGUAUUCCCGUCCAACUACGUUCAGAAGCAUGCCAACCAACAGCCUGCCUAUUAUGGUAACGAGAAGGCUACCUACUCUCCCUACGCUCCCCAACAACAAGGACCUCAACCACCUGGACCAAGUAACCCUUACAACAGCUCUGUUCCUCCCAUGGCCGUCGCAGAACAACCUACCGAUGACAAGCUUAGCAAGGGAGGGGAGAUGGGAAAGAAAUUCGGCAAGAAAUUGGGUAACGCUGCUAUCUUUGGUGCCGGAGCAACAAUUGGUGGCAACAUCGUCAACUCGAUUUUCUAAUCUUGAAAAUUUCGCAUCCAAAACAACCAGGUUAUAAUCUCUCUUGAAUUACAUUUCCUUUGGCGUCUAUCCAACAAUUAUGAAUAUUAUUCUUUCAGGUUUUUCAUAAUUGACCACAGGAAUCACCAUUUUCGAUUUGGCGGUUUUACUUACAUACGGCGGCGAUGACCAUACAGUGCUUGGUCUUCUUGGUCUUCAUCUACUCGGAGUUCUGGCAAGGAUUGAAUCAUUUUCUGUAUUUGCGGUUUUUGCACCGUAUGUGGAUGGAUUGGGAGAUUGUAUUAGGGAUUCACAUCCAGAUCACUUUGCGAUUUAUAUCUCGGGAUACUUGAUCAUUACUGGAUAUUAAAUAAUAUGAAGCUUUCUUAUUACUGAAAAAUAGACUCUUCCAUAUGCAAUGACAUGCUCAUCUUCAUACGUUCUCUUGAAUAGCAAUUGAGCCACGUCACGUGUAGAUAGUAG